AUGAGCAGCAACAUUAAGGAACAAAUCUCCAAAUGUGACAUGUGUGCAUCUUUCAAGCCACAGCAACAAAGGGAGCCGUUGAUCAGUCACCAGGUCCCAGACCGUCCGUGGGCAAAGAUUGCAAUAGAUUUAUUCCAGUACCAGAAUAAAGAUUACCUAGUUACGGUAGACUAUUAUUCAAAUUUCUUCGAGAUACAUCGUGUAUACAGCUCAACCUCGUCCACUAUUAUCAAGAAAGUAAAAAGCCACAUUGCCCGGUAUGGCAUACCCGAGGAGCUGGUUUCAGACAACGGCCCGCAGUUCAUCUCGCAAGAAUUCCAGUCGUUCGCUAAGGACUAUGGUUUUCGUCAUACCCAAACGAGCCCGCACCAUCAUCAGUCCAAUGGUAAAGUGGAAGCUGCCGUCAAGCAAGCAAAGAAAGCUGUGCGAGUAGCCCAGACGAGCAACGGUGAUUUCUACCUGGCGCUUCUCAGCAUUCGCAACACCCCGCAGGAAGGAAUGGCAUCAAGUCCUGCUCAAAGAUUGAUGAGUAGGCGAACGAAAACGACCCUGCCGUCAAUGACAAACUUGCUGGAACCCAGAGUGAUCACAGGCGUUCAAAACCGAAUUCAAACACAACAGAAACGGCAGCAAAGGUACUACAAUAAAGGAACGCGGAUGUUAGAGCCACUGCGAGAAGGCGACACAGUCAAAAUGCAGCCUGUUCAACUUGGUCAGAAGAAAUGGGCCACCGGAAAAGUCGUAAAAAACGUUGGUAUUUGUUCCUACAAAGUAGUUGCAGACAGCACUACUUACAUCCGAAACCGCAAAUAUUUGAGGAAAGUCGGAGUUGAAGAUUCUGCACAGGAUGAACCGUUGACUGCACCAAACGAAGAGCAUGAGCAAGCCGCCAUUGAACCAGAGCAACAUCACGAGGAAACAGUCGAGACACAAACUCCGACGAUUGACCAAAUUCCAGACGCCGCAACGGAUGUGACAUCACAGGCACUCACAACCAGAAGAAGCCGAAGAGUCAUCACAAGACCCAAGAGAUUGAAUGACUAUGUUAUUUAUUAA